AUGGUUUCAUAAAAACAUCCAAGAACAUUAUAUGAUCUUUAGAUUGCAAAAUGAAUUUCUGUUGUUCUUAGGUCUGGAGACCUUUAGCCAGUUGGUGUAUGAAGAUGAGUAUGGAACUAAAACCAUCAAUUCAACAGCAAUCAGUGACUUUCCCAGAUUUGCACAUAGAGGCAUUUUACUGGACACCUCUCGGCACUUCCUGCCCGUUAAAAUCAUCUUGGCUACCCUGGAAACAAUGGCGAUGAACAAAUUCAACGUUUUCCAUUGGCACAUUGUCGACGAUCCAUCCUUCCCUUACAUGAGCCACACAUUCCCACAGCUGAGCAAGCAGGUCAGUAAGACUGAUUACCGGUGUUAACUCCAGAGGUGGAAG